AUGUCCGCCUCUUCGUCUCCCCUCGUCCUCGUAACCGGCAUCACCGGCUUCCUCUCAGCCCACAUCCUCGACUCCCUCUUGUCCUCGCCUGAGAACUUCAGUAUCAGGGGGACGCUUCGCUCCAAGUCCAAGAGUGACGCCCUUCUCUCGCGCUUCACCCCCGAGCAGCAGAAGCGCAUCGAGUUCGUCGAAGUCAAGGCGACCGAGUCUUCGGACCUGACUGAAGCCGUCAAGGGCGUAGACUACAUCCUUCACGUCGCUUCGCCCUUCGUUGUCGAUGUCGAAGACGUGCAGCGGGACCUCCUCACGCCGGCGACCGAAGGUACUCUCAAUGUGCUGCGAUAUGCCAGCAAGGAGAAGAGUGUCCAGUUUGUCGGCAUCACUUCCAGCUUUGCAGCUGUCACGGACAUGAGCAAGGGUGGGCCCAACCGCCCUGGCUUCACGUACACGGACAAGGACUGGAACCCGGCAGGCAACAAGGAGGCCAUCGAGUUUGGCGGCAAGGGAGGGUUCGCCUACCUGGCAUCCAAGAAAGUCGCUGAGGAGGCCGCUUGGGACUUCGUGGAGAAGGAGAAGCCCAGCUUCACCAUUAGCGCUUUCAACCCGCCGAUGAUCUACGGUCCACCUCUCCAACCAGGCGUCAAGAAGGCAAACCUCAACACCUCCUCCCAAGCAAUCUACGGUCUCAUCUCCUCCCUCCCCUCCAUGCCUGCCGACCAACUCCCCCUCUUCGUCCACGCCCGAGACGUGGCUGAUGCUCACGUACGCGCCAUCUCCAAGCACUCUCGCGGAGCUGCCGGUCGACGCUUCCUGCUCUGCGGCGGCAAGUUCAACUGGGCCCUCGCGGUACACUACAUCGCUGAACGCUUUCCCGAGUUGAAGGAGCGUCUGCCCAAGGGAUGGGAAGAGAGCAAGCCCGAUGAGAAGGCACUCAACGAGGAGAUUGCGAGCAUUGAUACCAGCCCGACGGAGGACGUACUGGGGAUGCAGUUCAAGGGGUGGCAGAAGACGCUCGAGGAGACGAUUCAGAGGCUUUUGGAGCUGGAGAAGUCGGAGGGAUGGGAGAAAUAGGCGCGUAUGCAGUGAUCACGGCUUGCAGAGGUGUUUGUCUGUUGAUUUGUGCUUCUAUUGGCAGGGGUAGAAGUAGGAAUGGUACAGCGCCUUGUACACAAAUGCUCGGGAUCGUCUUUGCCGUUGUGAUCUGGCCCUCUCCUCUUCCCCGCCUUGACUGGUCACGCGAAGCCGAAUCCCUCUUGUGCCUCGGUGACCGCGAGAAGAAGGUUGCGCUUGAGCUCCUCGAAGGUACUAUACGACGGCAUGUCCAGCUGAUUGAAGCUGCGCGGGCGCGGAGGCGUGGGC